AUGAUACUAAGCUUCUUUGACCAAUUCAUGAGCCCCUCUUACCUGGGUAUUCCCCUUAUUGCAGUAGCAAUCGCACUCCCAUGAGUUUUAUACCCCACCCCGACAACACGGUGAUUAAACAAUCGAGUAUUAACGCUUCAAGGCUGAUUCAUUAAUCGAUUCACACAACAACUUCUUCUGCCUAUUAACCCAGGGGGACACAAGUGAGCGGUCCUGUUUACAUCUCUAAUGCUCUUCCUUAUUACUAUCAACAUGUUAGGACUCCUCCCCUACACAUUUACGCCAACUACACAACUUUCUCUAAACAUGGGCCUUGCCGUCCCUCUAUGGCUCGCCACAGUAAUCAUUGGCAUGCGAAACCAACCCACAGCUGCCCUAGGACACCUCCUCCCCGAGGGCACCCCAGCGCCUCUUAUCCCUGUACUAAUUAUUAUCGAAACGAUUAGCCUAUUUAUCCGGCCCUUAGCCCUUGGGGUCCGACUAACUGCCAACCUAACAGCGGGCCACUUACUUAUUCAACUAAUUGCCACAGCAGCAUUUGUUCUUCUCCCAAUUAUGCCAACCGUGGCCAUCUUAACAGCCACAAUUUUAUUCCUGCUCACCCUUCUAGAAGUCGCCGUAGCAAUGAUUCAAGCAUAUGUCUUCGUCCUACUCUUAAGCCUAUACCUACAAGAAAACGUCUA